UUCUCCCAAACACUAGGGGGCAGCCCCGCCUCAUGCGGCGCUUCCGGGCAGGAGUUUUCAAACAACAGUAGCUAGUAGCCAACUAGCCGUCACACAUCUUUUGCUCAGGGAACUACGACGGACUUUGCUGCAUUUUGGCUAGCGUGGCUAGCUUGUUGAUACGCCAUGUCCGCGAGCUCCAAGAGGAGACGAGCCACUUCGCCCUCCAGCAGUGUCAGCGGAGGGGGGGACCUCGACGAUGCCUCCUCCUCCACUCCUGGAAGUGGCAGGAAGAGAAGGAGAACCUCCAACGUUCCUCCGGUAGACAUGAUCGCCGUGUGCCACGAGCUGUUCAACGCUGUCAGGGACCACAAGGAUGAUAGAGGAAGGCAACUGUGUGAAGUUUUUCUGAGGGUACCAAAGAGGAGGAAUCAGCCUGAUUACUACGACGCCGUGUCUCAGCCAAUUGAUAUGACAAAAAUUCAGUACAAACUGAAGUCGGAGGAUUAUACUGACGUGGAGCAGCUCACUGCAGAUUUCCAGCUCAUGUUCAACAAUGCCAAAUCAUUCUACAAGCGCGACAGUGAGGAGUAUCAAGCUGCAUGCAAGUUGUGGGAGGUGUAUCUACAAACAAGGAAUGAGUUUGUGCAGCCUGGAGACGGCGAUGAGGAUGAUGAAGAUGGUGACGAUAUGAUGGAUACUCCAGGAAUGUCAACUGAGGAUGAGGUAUUAACGUCUACUGGUAGAUUGAAGGAGGUGUUGGAGCAACUCUUGGAGGCUGUGGUGUCACACUCUGAUCCCUCAGGGCGUCUGGUCAGUGAACUGUUCCAGAAACUGCCGUCCAAAGUGCAUUACCCAGACUACUAUGCCGUUAUAAAGGACCCAAUCGAUCUGAGAACAAUCGCUCAAAGGAUACAGAUUGGUCACUAUAAAGGCAUCAAUGCUAUGGCCAAGGAUAUUGACCUGAUGGCCAAAAAUGCCAAAACGUACAACGAACCAGGAUCUCAGGUUUUCAAGGAUGCUAACACCAUAAAGAAAGUCUUCAUUCAGCGGAAGACCGAACUUGAACACGCUGAACCCACUAAAUCUAGUCUCCGCAUCAGGAAUCGAAGGUCUGGUCAGGGCGAUCGUCUUUCUGGUGUCAGUGUAGCUCUUCACUAUGGUUCAGAGAGCGAGGACGACCCCGUUCUCUCUGGCUCUGUGUGCUAUGAUGAGGGAGAGUCAGAGGCUGAGAGUCAGAGCUCGAGCAUGGAGAUGAGCAACCCAAUCUUCCAGCUGUACGAAGCUGUGAGGGGCGCCAGGAACAGCCAGGGCCAGGUCUUCUCCGAACCGUUCCAGCACCUGCCCUCUCGCAGGGAAUACCCCGAUUAUUACCAGCAGAUCAAACAGCCCAUCACUCUGCAGCAGAUCAGGGCAAAGAUGAAGAAUGGGGAGUAUGAAAGUUUGGACCAGAUGGAGGCUGACCUCAAUCUGAUGUUUGAGAAUGCAAAGCGCUACAACAUGCCUAACUCAAGCAUUUACAAGCGGGCCUUCAGGCUUCAGCAGAUCAUGCAGGCAAAAAAGAGGGACCUUCUAAGGAGAGAUGAUGAAGAUGGAGACAGCAUUCUGUCGUCUGAUGCAGGGAGCGUCAAGAGGAAAAGCCACAAGAAGAAUGUCAAAAAGAACCGAAUGAAAGCCCUGUACGCUGCGGUGAUCGAGGCUAAGGAGGCAGGCACCAAUCGACGUCUCUGUGAUCUUUUCAUGGUUAAACCAUCUAAAAAAGACUACCCUGACUACUAUAAUGUCAUCCUCGAACCGAUGGACCUGAAGACCAUUGAACACAACAUCCGCAUUGAGAGCUACGCCACAGAGCAAGCUCUGCUGGACGACAUGAAGCUGAUGUUCCGUAACGCCAGGCAUUACAAUGAGGAGGGAUCUCAGGUGUAUAAUGAUGCAGAUGUUUUGGAGAAGAUACUUAAAGACAAGCGCAAGGAGAUGGGAACUCCUGAAGAAGAGGACAUGGGCUCUCCGAAACUGAAACUAAGAAAGAUUGGUGUUUCUCCAAAGAAGUCCAAAUACCUCACGCCUCUCCAGCAGAGGCUGAAUGAGGUCUACGAUGCCGUGAGAAACUUCACUGAUCGUCGAGGACGACGCCUCAGCACAAUCUUCCUCCGUCUGCCAUCUCGUGCUGAGUUGCCUGAUUACUACGCCACCAUCAAGAGGCCCAUAGAUAUGGAGCGCCUGCGAAGUCAUAUGGCGGCUGGUCGCUACCAAGACGUUGAAGCGCUGGCAGAGGACUUUACUUGCAUGUUCAACAAUGCCUGCAUGUACAACGAGCCAGAGUCUCUGAUCUAUCGGGAUGCUCUGAUGUUGCACCGUGUGCUGUUGGAGACACGGAAGCAGCAAGAGGGAGGCGAGGACUCUGGGCUUCCUGCUGUCGGAUCGCUGGUGCGAGAACUGAUCAGGAACCUGUUUGUGUCGGUGCUGGGCCACCAGGAUGAAGAGGGCCGAUGCUACAGUGACUCGCUGGCUGAGAUUCCAGCUGUGGAUCCAGCCGCUCCUGAGAAGCCACCACUUAACUUUGAUGUCAUAAGGAUGAACGUGGACCGAGGCCGCUACAGGAGGCUGGAUGUUUUCCAGGAACACAUGUUUGAAGUGCUGGAGAAGGCACGGAGGCUACACAGGACUGACUCUGAGAUAUUUGAGGAUGCAGUGGAACUGCAACAGUUUUUCAUUAAGAUAAGGGAUGAACUAUGCAAGAAUGGAGAAAUCCUACUGACCACUGCACUCAAUUACACGUCAAAACACCUGCACAGCGAUGUCGAUCAGGAAAAGAGGGAAAAAAUUCCCAAAGAGAUCGAGGAGGACAAGCAGAAGAAGGAAGAAGAAGAGGUGAAUAAAGACGGUGAGAAAGCGGUGGACCUGCCAGGAGAAGUGUGGGCGCCAGAGUCGGAGCGCGUGUACAGUCAGAACUGCAGCUUUGAAAACAGCACCUACCACGUGGGAGACUUUGUCUAUGUGGAGCCAUCAGAGCCGAACCUGAAGCCACACAUCGUCUGUAUUGAACGUCUAUGGGAGGAUGAAGCAGGUCAGAAGUGGCUCUACGGUUGCUGGUUCUACAGGCCUCGUGAAACCUUCCACCUGGCCACACGCAAGUUUCUGGAAAAAGAGGUCUUCAAGAGCGACUACUACAACAGAGUGUCAAUCAGUAAAGUCCUGGGCAAAUGUGUGGUUGUGUUUGUGAAGGAUUAUUUCAAAAUGCAACCGGAGGGCUACAAAGCUGAGGAUGUCUACGUCUGUGAAUCCCGCUACUCUGCCAGGAACAAGGCCUUCAAGAAGAUCAAGAUAUGGGCCAUGCCUGUGAGUUCUGUGAAAUUGGCCUCUCGAGAGGUGCCUCUGCCUGUGGUCCGUGUAGCUUCCAUGUUUGCCAAGCCCGACCAGGACAAGCUAACAAUUUCAUAUGCGGACAGUGGCAGUUUUGUCGACAAGGAGAGAGAGGAUGUCCCUAUGGAGAUGAAUGGAGCUGAGCCCGGCUGUCAGUACUAUGAACAGCUACGCUACAACAACAUGUGGUUUAAAGUGGGAGACUGUGUUUACAUCCAGUCUCAUGGUCUGUCAAAGCCCCGUGUUGCCAGGAUAGAGAAGCUUUGGGUGCAGAACGGAACUACCUUCUUCUUUGGACCCAUUUUCAUCCAUCCAGAGGAAACCGAGCACGAGCCCACAAAGAUGUUCUACAAGAGAGAAGUUUUUCUGAGCCCUCUGGAGGAGACCUUGCCCAUGACCUGUCUCAUAGGCAAAUGUAUGGUUUCCUCCUUCAAGGACUACCUGUCAUGCAGACCUACCGAGGUUUCAGAGGGCGACAUCUUGCUGUGCGAAAGUCGCUACAUUGAGACUGAGAAGCAGAUGAAAAAGUUUAAGGGUCUGAAACGCUUUUCAUACUCUGCCAAAGUGGUGGAGGAGGAGAUCUACUAUUUCAGGAAACUGAUGGUGCCACAGAAGGAAGCAUCACCAUUUUUGGACAAGAAGAUAGACGAGCUUGAGGUUAAACUGGCAGACAUUGAGGAUGGAGAUGAUGAUAUGGAAGAUAUGGAUGAUGAGGAGGAGGCUCCAGCAACGCCCUCUUUGCCUCAGUUGCAAACGCCACUUGCAAACGAUAUGGACAACAUGCCAUAUACGCCCUCUCAGUCCACACCCAAAGUGAAGGGCAUGUCAAAGAAGGAAGGGGCCAAGAGGAAGAUCAACAUGAGUGGCUAUAUCCUGUUCAGUAGUGAAAUGCGAGCGGUCAUCAAAGCACGACACCCAGAUUUCUCCUUUGGGGAGCUGAGUCGACUUGUGGGCACCGAGUGGAGGAACCUCGAAGCUUCUAAGAAAGCCGAGUAUGAAGAACGUGCAGCAAAAAUAGUGGAGCACCAGGAGCGUGAUAGGCCCCCCCAGAAGCAAGCGUCCCCUAGAGCAGGUACCCCAGUAGGGGCACUGAUGGGGGUGGUGCCUUCGCCUAGCACUAUGGGAAUGAUAAACCAGACCAUGACCCCUGUGUCAGGCAUGAUGGGAGCUUACGGCCCACCUUACAUGCCCAUUCAGGGCCCCCAUGAGGGCUUGUUGAGUGUGGCAACAAUGCCACCUUACCCUGCAGGGGGGCCCAACCUUCCUCUUCACCAUCUCCAGCAAGGUAUGCCUGGGUACCCUGGCAUGCCUCAUCAGGGUAUGAAUGGCAUGGCAGGAAGUCCUGCACAAGGAAACUUUAUGCAACAGCCCGGGAUGUUCAGCCCAGGUCAGCACGCUCCUCCUCCAUACCCAGGACAGGGGCAGUUGGGCCAACCCUCACACCUGCAGCCCACCACCCCCAUGUUUGUGGCGCCACCACCAAAGACUCAACGGGUCCUUCACUCAGAGGCCUACCUGAAGUACAUCGAGGGCUUGAAUUCAGAGUCCGCCACUGUCAGCAAGUUUGACCAAACUCUUAAAGCCCAAAGGCGAGAUGCUCACCUGACCAAAGAGCAGGAGAGCAGGCUGCCAGCUCACUGGCUGAAGAGCAAAGGAGCCCACACCACCAUGGCGGAUGCACUGUGGCGUCUGCGUGACCUGAUGCUGAGAGACUCUCUGAACAUCUGUCAGGCACACAACCUGUAACCUGUAGGACACUCAAACCACUAUAACCAGCUCCCUCACUGCUUCUAUCCUCAGGCUACAAGAGUUUAGGAAGGAUUAGGAAGCAAUAUUUUAUAGUGAAUCAUGAUCAGUUUUAUAUUUAUUAGCUACCAUAAUGAGCUUGAUAGAUAUUUUGUGUGUGCGUUUUGAUUUUUCUUUUUUACACCCUUUAGAUGAACUGUGCUGUAAAACCAGUGUUUUUUUGGCUGACUGAUACUUCCAAAAUAAAAUUCAGAAUAUCCUGUU